CGUUUAUCCGCCGAAAUUUUAUUUGUUGUGAGAGAAAUUUUAUUACAGCAAAUUGCUUCACAUUUCAAGGAAAGUACAAUAUGGAUCAGGCAUUGUUGGACGCUAAAUAUUUGUUAGACGAUGCUGUUAAAUACGGAUCCAACUUACACCAGCCAAAUGGUACUCUCGGCGGAAAGAUGGUCACAAGCAUUCAGGCUUAUGUCGAUAUCAUCGACAACUAUAAUAUGCAAGUCGAUGACGUGGAGGCGGCUGAAGGGCUUAUUGAUUUCAUUAAUGCAGCCGUUGCUGCGCCGGGCAGCAACGGACACCUUACCUCUAUCUUGCUUGAUCGUCUUCGAACUUUCACGAAGUCCUACCUGGCGUCAAUUAAGCAACAACGCGGGGAUGCUGAUUGAUCUCAUGUGUAUGAAUUGGUCGUGUCAGUGGUGCUAGCUCGUCGGCUAGUCAACUGUGAAAGUACUUCUGAACGCACUCAAUUCUGUCUGAAACUCUGUUUUCUUUAUCUAUUCCCAAAAGAUUUUUUUAAAAUCAUUUUGAGGUUAAAACAAUGUUAAGUUUCUGUUGAAUGGUUAUGUUAGUUUUAUCAUUUCAAUAGUAAACACUGGAGUUACUUUUGUUUGUAUUGGAUUGAUGGUCUUACGUUAUUUU